UAAUUCACAAAAAGGCACCCACAUUAGACAAAACAUCGACGGGCUCAAAUUAGUUGUCUGCAAACAUUAAGCCCAAACAGUAAUGGUGUUCAUCGUGCUGCUGUCCAUCGUCGGCGCGCUGCUCGUCCUGCAGUACCUGCUGCUGUUCUACGCGGCCAGAUAUUCCGCCUCGAUCCCAACGAUACAGCCCAGCUACCCGAUCGUGGGGAACAUCCCGUCCUUUUGGGGCAAAUCGUCCAAGCAAGCCCUCUGGGCCGUUGUGAAAAGCUUCCAACGCGUGGACCGAAUGGGCAAGCUGAUGAUCGGUCCCAAGCCGAUACUGCUGGUCAACCAUCCGGACCUGCUGCAGCAGAUCUUGAUGCGGGGUGAUCUGCACGACAAGCCCUUCUUUUACGACUUUAUGGGACUGGGCGGCGGCUUGAUCACGGAACGCGACGGCAAACGGUGGCUGAUGGAGCGCAAGGUGCUCAAUCCUACGUUCAACACACGGAUGUUGACCAGCUUUCUACCGAUCAUGGACGCACGAGCCAGAAAGAUGGUGGCCAAUUUGGGACCGAUGGCUGACGGGCGCACGGUGGUAGAUUUGCUAAAGUAUGUUGGUGAGUGUACUCUGGAGAUUGUGUUCAACACGACGAUGGGUCGGAAUGCUAACGAGCUGCCCGGUCAGCGGGAGUACGUGAAGCACCUGGACAUAAUUAUGACUCGACUAGGGGAACGAAUGAUGAAUGUAAACCAAUUUCUGGAUAUUUUCUACCGGAUGACCAGUGCAUACAAAUCGGAGCAUGCAUCAAGAAUAUUUUGCAACGACUUCACGGAUAAGAUCAUUCGAGAACGGCGAACAGAGCUGCACGAAGAGCAAAAAAUGCCACAGGAAACCGACGAGUUUGAGAGAAAGUCUUUGAAUUUUCUCGAUCAAAUCCUUACAAUUGUUAGGGAAGAUGGUACCAGCUUCACCGAUCAGGAGAUUUCGGACAACUUGUACACGAUGAUGUCAGCGGCCCACGAAACCUCUGCCUUAACCGUAUCGUACACAUGUCUGCUUCUGGCGAUGCACCCAAAAAUUCAAGCUAAGGUCAUAGCUGAGAUGAACGAAGUCUUUUACGAUUCUUCGGUAGAGAUCACUCUGGAUACUUUGAAACAGCUCGAGUACACCGAGCGAGUGAUCAAGGAAGUUCUACGACUGCUGCCGGCGGUCCCAAUCGGAGCACGUCAAACAAACAGCGAGCUUUUCCUGGACGGAGUUCAAAUCCCCAAAAAUCAAAUCUUGGCCUUCAACUGCUACAACCUCCAUCGGCGAACGGACUUCUGGGGUCCGGACCCGGAGCGUUUUGACCCGGAUCGAUUCCUGCCGGAAGCAUCUCAGGGUCGACAUCCGUACGCGUACAUUCCGUUUAGUGCUGGGUUGAGAAACUGCAUCGGAAUGCGGUACGCGAUGAACUCGAUGCGGAUUAUGUUGCUGCGGAUUCUGCAGGAGUUUGAAAUUGGGACCGACUUGAAGCAGACCGAUUUGCGUUUCAAAUUUGAGAUUACGCUGAAGCUGGUUGGUCCGCACAGUGUAUGGUUGAAGAGGAGGGACAAGAUUUAA